AUGUUACAACUGUCCAUUUUCAUUCUACAUUUAGCUUUUGUUUCUACAUAUAACUAUAGCCCUAGAGUCUACAGUGGAACUCAGAAAUGCUAUAGUUGUAUGUCUCGAUAUUAUGGAGCUACCUGGCAUUUCGCAGGUUAUGCUCGAAUUUACCAAGAACCUCGGUCUUUCACUGAGUCAUGCAGAGAUCCACAAUCUCGAGGGUCAGACGUUCAAACAACACAUUGCGAUGAUGACUCUAACUGUAUUUCCAUGGUUGAAGAUUUGAAAAUUGGUACCGGAGCCAAAGGAUACAUACGAGGAUGUUGGAGUUCAAUUCUUUUAUUUGGUUUCAAUCGUACAUCAACUGUUGGAGCAUUAUCAACACAUUCAUUCUGUCAUACAUUUAAUCUUAGCCAAUUGGUUGCUGGUGGAAAACCACAAGAAUCAUCAGUCAGCGUUUGCUCAUGUCGAGGAUCUUUGUGCAAUGGAAUGUCCUUGGCAUCAUCAUCGGCUUUAUCAAAAUCUUUCAUUGUAUUCUUAUAUGUUUUGCUCGUUAGUUCAUUAUGA